AUGUCAUCUGAUUCAGAAAAUUCUGACUUCGAGGACCAUGAUUACUCAGACAUGGAAGAUGAUGAUGAAGAAAUAUUUGAUGACUCUGAGUAUGAUGACAUAGAUUUUGAUCUAAAGAACGAUGAUUCUGGGCUAGGGCCCUAUCAAGUUACCUAUUCUGUCAGAACUCUUUCUGAUAUUGAGAGUAAACAGAAUGAACUGACGGAGCGCGUGGCAAAUCUACUUCAACUCGACAAAUCUAAAACCGCUUCAUUACUUCAUGCUUUCAAAUGGCAUGAUGAUGCACUUGUAGAAAGAUACAUGGAGGAUCCUGAAAAGGUGCUGAUCUCGGCUGGGGUCGGAGUUACUUAUAAUUCUGAGUCGAGCCAAGAUGAGGUCACCACCACCAGCUCUCCCUCGUCUCCAUAUAGGCCAGACAAGGACUUCACUUGUUUUAUAUGUUGUUCAUCACUUGAAGAAGACCCUGACUUGCUGAUAUUUGGUCUCUCAUGUGGACAUAGUGCUUGUUUGAAUUGCUAUAGGUACUAUCUCACCCAAAAGAUUUCGGAGGAGGGGCAAUCUCGUAAUAUUCGAUGUCCUGGCGAUUCGAAGUGUGCAUUGCUUGUAGAUGAGCGAGCAGUAAAGGCUGUUGUCUUACCCGAGACGUACCAAAGGUACCUGUAUGCUCUAGUAGCAACAUUUGUUGAUGGAAAUCAACAUUAUAAGUGGUGCCCUGCUCCUGAUUGUGACAAUGCUAUUGAAUGUAAUGUUGAUUUUCAGGACCUGAAAAAGGUUGUUCCUUCAGUUAAAUGUAGCUGCGGUCAUGAAUUUUGCUUUGGAUGUGGUGAUGAUGAGCAUCAACCGGCAAUGUGCGUUCUCGUCAAGAAGUGGCGCCAGAAGUGUAAGGACGACUCUGAAACAGCAAAUUGGAUUGCUGCUAACACUCAUGACUGCCCUAAUUGUAAAGCUGUGAUUGAGAAGAACGGAGGAUGUAAUCAUAUGAAAUGCCGUAAAUGUAAGCAUGAGUUUUGCUGGAUUUGCUUUGGCAAUUGGACAGAACAUGGCACCGAAUAUUACAACUGCUCACGUUUCAAAGAGGAUGGUGCAUCCGAGCAAGCUCGCAAUGAGCAGGAGACAUCUAGGGCCUACCUGAAGCGCUACCUGCACUAUUAUAAUCGAUUCACUACCCAUAUGCAAUCUAGGAAGUUGGAAAAAAAAUCAUAUCUCAAGAUGCAGAAGAAAAUGACUGAUCUACAAGAAGACUCUGGCUUAUCAUGGAUUGAAGUGCAAUUUCUGAGUGAUACCUUUCAAGCUCUCAAUGAGUCACGUCGUGUGCUCAUGUGGGCUUAUGCGUUUGCCUAUUAUCUAGAACAGUCUAAUACAACUACUAUAUUUGAGGAUAACCAGAGUGAUUUGGAAAUGGCUGUUGAAAAUCUGUCCGAACUUUUUGAAAAGCCUGUCUCGUACCUCGCAGAACAGAGGACACUGUUGAUGGACAAGUGCAAAUAUGUUAUCAACCGUCGGGCUGUUCUCCUAGAGUAUGCUGCAAAGGGUCUAGCCGAGAAUAGCUGGAGAUUUAAUACCAGUUUAGAAGAUUAA